UUCAACUCAGCAAAACACUGAUCAAGCACAGCAACAUGGAUAUCUAUGGAUUAUGUGUACUGAGCAUCUGGGUUUGGGUGGCAUCUGCGGAUAGACAUACCGUCUUCUGGAACAGCUCCAACACCAGAUUUUUAUGGGAUGAUUAUGCAGUAGAGGUGCGACUCAACGAUUACCUGGACAUAGUCUGUCCCCACUAUGAGGAUGACAGUACUUCUUCUCACAUUGUAGAGCGUUACACGCUGUUCCUGGUAGAAUAUGAGGAGUACCAGACCUGCAAACCACAAUCCAAAGACCAGGUCCGCUGGGAGUGUAAUAAGCCAUUUGCUCCACAUGGACCAGAAAAAUUCUCUGAAAAGUUCCAACGAUUUACCCCCUUUACCCUGGGCAAGGAAUUCAAGGAGGGAGGCACAUACUAUUAUAUAUCAAAACCCAUACACCAUCAUGGGGACUCGUGCAUGAAACUCAGGGUUCAUGUAGCAGGGAAAGCCACUCAGCCGCCUGCAACAAACGUCACUCUCCUAGAAGCAAGGAUUCAAUCUGAUGAACCUGUUGAAGAAUUACCUGGGGUUUUAAAGAGCAUAGCUCAAAAUUCUUCAUCUAGCUGCAUCUCCUUCACCCUCCUUUGCCUUUUGCUUCCUGUUUUGCUUCUCCUUGGACUCUGAUAAUAUCAGAUUAUUGGAAACUCAGCCAUAAAAUGGUGAAGACAACAAGCAACAUUGCUUGGGAUCAUGUGAUUGGAACAUCAGCCAUACACUGGACACCUCCUUGAUCAUAUGUAGAUACAGCAUAGAAAUUCCAGUGUUUUUAAUCAAAGCUUUAACAGAUCUCAUGGUCGGAUGUAUAACAAACGCACAACAUGUGUAUACUGUAGCAUGGACCAAACCAUGAACAAUGGUGCACUUUGCAAUCAAGCUGAAUUCAUCAGAUUUCUUGCUGGCAGGGAUAUGUACUGGAACCUAAAGUCACUAAUGUCUCUAUGAGGAUGGUGUCAGCAGUGGGAUUUGUGCAGCUAACUUGUUCCAUCAAAGCUGUUAUGAAAACCCACUUGAAGUAGCAGUAUUUUCUUUUUUGUAUUCUGUUUAGUGCUAUUGCUGGCAAUGUUGGCACACACAGUACUUUAUACAUUGUGUACAUUGUAAAUAAAAUGUAUAGUUUAUAAAGAUAUUUAUAGAGAAAAUAUAUAUACCUUCAGUGGGCCUCUAAAUUUCAAUACUAUUUUUUUUAUUUUUUUUUUAUGACGACCAUUCAACUUUUUUUUAUCCAGUGUGCCUCAAUGUAGACCACUAACCUUAGAAGGAAAACAAUGUAUGGAAGAUUAUUAGAUAACAACUGGAGGCCUCACAAAUCUCCAACAAGACAGAUUUAAAGUAUUUGUCCUACCUUGGAUUCCAGUGUGUGUGUGGGGGAUACAUUUUUUUAGAGUUCUAUUCAUUUGAAUUUAAUAGACAGAUUAAGCACACUACACACACCCUCUACCUGGUCAGCACAGUAAUAGUCAUAUAAAAUAAGUAAUUGCAAUUUGACAGUGGCCAUGGAAUAUCGGGAGGAUCUUAACAGCCUCCUUUUGAAAGAGUAGAUUCUCCUUCUUUACAAUAAAUUGUUGAAUGGAAUGGCUUUCUGUCUGAGCUCACUUAUAUUUAUUACUCUAAGCUGAUUGUACAGUAGGAUGAGUGUGUUUGUGUUGUGUUACCCCAAAAUCAGGCUGCAGAUGUGUUAAAGCUACACACCACCCCCAUACUCAUUCUGUUACUAAACAUCUCAAGGAAAAGUCUUAAAAUCUGACUUGUUGGGGUACUUAAGUUGAGUAACACUGACCUACAACAACACCUGAAAGUAAUCUUGUAUUAUAUUUGUAUAGAAAAUAAUGUAAAGAUUUUGUAGAAUUGUAAAUAUUUUGUAAAAAAAAUUGUUUUUUUUGAAUAAACACAUUUUUUUAAUACAAAGAUAAAAA